GUGGGUCCUUCGUUGGUGACGUCAGCGCUGAUUUGGAAGAUGGAGCUUAAAGUUGAGCGUAGCAGGCCUGUAUUUGAAGUUAAUUUUUAACUAUUUUAAGUAUAAAUGUACAGUACGUCUUAUAAACCCCAAAUGGAACAAAAUGUUCAUACACCAAGUUGAAAGGUCAUAAGGCAGCACCCCCGGCAGCCAUCAUGCCUCAUAAGAGCCAAAAAAGUGGCCAGACUGCCCAUUACAUCGAGUUAGGGGGCUACCAGUACUGGCCUGUGCUGGUGCCCCGCGGGAUACGCCUGUACACUUACGAACAAAUCCCUGGGUAUCUGCGUGAGAACCCCUACAUCACAGAUGGAUACAGAGCCUACCUGCCCUCCAGGCUCUGCAUCAAAAGCUUGUUCAUCCUUUCCAACGAGACGGUGAACAUCUGGACUCACCUGCUUGGUUUCCUGCUCUUCUUCUUCCUGGCUGUGUAUCACAUGGCCCAAGUUCUGCCCCAGCUAGGAGUCUCCCGUGAGGAUUACGUCAUCUACUCCAUAGGACUCUUUUGCUUCCAGUUGUGUCUGCUCUGCUCGGCGGGCUACCACGUGUUCUGCUGCCAUCGCUCAGAGAAGACCAGCCGGCGCUGGAUGGCGCUGGACUACGCUGGCGUGUCAGUGGGCAUCCUUGGCUGCUAUGUGCCUGCCGUCUUUUAUGCCUUUUACUGCAAUAAUUACUGGCGUCAGGUGUACCUGGUGACUGUGCUGGCGAUGAUCCUGGCUGUGUUCCUGGCUCACAUCCACCCAAACUUCCUGAGCAAGCAGUGGCGUCGUCCCCGCUUGUUGGCCUUCUGUGCGCUAGCGUCGUGCGGACUAGUGCCCGUUGUUCACUGGGUCUACGACGCUGGUGGAUUCUCCUCAGAACUCGUGCAAGCAUUCGUUCCCCGCGUGCUUGUCAUGUAUUUGAUGGCGGCGUUGGCGCUGCUCUUCUACAUCUCUAAAGUGCCCGAAAGAUACUUCCCAGGCCAGCUGAACUACGUGGGCUCGAGCCACCAGCUGUGGCACGUGUUGCUGCUUCUCAUGUUCUACUGGUGGCAUCAGUCAUCUUGCUUCAUCAUGGCAUACAGACACAGCCGGCCAUGCCCCGGCGACCUCGUUGACACCAACGUACACUCCUAGCUACCCCCAAGAAGACUACACUACAAUCACGCUCUGUCCCCCCCUCCAGAAUGCGAUGCUGUUGCCGAGGGCUCUGGUUCGGGCCAGGAGACGAAAGCCAUUUCGUCAUCUGAGCCUAUCAGCACGUCGCGCUCUGCAACUUCUAUGUAUGGUGAUUGAGGACACCAACUCAAAAAUUGUUGCUGCUGUUUAUACAUGACUAUGAUGCUAGCAAGUUAGCAUUUUUCUGUGUUUGCUUUUAAAUUGUGGAAGCCAAUUCUGAACGUCUUGCCAGCAACAACAAAAAAGAAAAGACUGAAGUAGCGAGGCGCUAACACUGGACUAAGUUAAUGGAAACAGCAAAGCACGACAUUGAAUGAUAGCAUUUUGUUAGUAUUAUUUUUGUAAGCUUAGGAACUAGCUGGAGGUUCGAUGUUUAUGUUAGAAAGUGUAGGAUCGCUUUAGAGGUCUGUUUAUGUGAAAAAGAAGCCCAGUGCUAAAUCUGGGAAAUUUGCAACUAAUGGCUUUAGGACGACCCCCACCACCACCACCACCAAAAAAGGUUAAAUUGAGACUAUCCCAUUGUAGUCUAAACCAAACUAUGGUAAACUAUUAUAGCACUGAGUGGAGGUAGUCCAUAAAUGAGCAAGGCUCAUGCUGAUAUGUUUUGAAUAGAUUAUUCUACUUCUUACUGAUACAAUACAGUAUUUGGUUCAAUUUUACAUAGAUGGUCCAGGUGAUCACCAUUCAGUGUAAAUUUGAUUGGACUGAGUUUGUGAAAAUGUGGCCCAUCACUAGACGAUACUGCUGGACUACAGACUUGCCUCGAUUCCAAUAGGAAACUAAAUACUCUAAGAGCCUAUCUCCUCCAAAUGUAGCGUACUCUGUUCUAGUAACAGUAGUAUUAAGCCCCUUUCAGUUUUAUAUCCCACUAAAUUCCAGUGUCAUGGCUUUCAGACAUGGGGAAAUGUACUGGGAAUUUCCCAGGGUUGGACACAUUCAGACUUGUCGCUUGUUGGCGACUCUAUGUGGGGGUCAGGACUUUAUAACCCGGACAUUACGGCAUUUUUAGUCUCCAUUGGCAAUAAAAUAAACCACACAUUUCCAAAGAUGGAAGCAUCAAGUUGAUGCAAGUCAAGCAACCCAAUAAGAUGUUCCUCUGGCAAAGAUAGAAUUAUCACAGACAAAUUUUCCACAUUGCAACUGUCCCUGGUCCCAUCACUUUUGAGGAAUCAUGGUUAGUUUCUUUUCUUUCGCUUAGUAAAAUGCUUAAAUUUAGCGGGUCGUCUCGUCUGAUCUGAGAUCGGAGCCAAGAGGGAGCGGCUGCCAUGGCUCCAAGAUCCAGUAGCAAUUCAAAUUUGCUAUGUUUUCAGUUGAAUUUUUCUAUCUUUCCAGUUUGCCAUGUUGAUAUUUGUUCACCACUUUUCGUCUUACUGCGAAGAAAGAGGAAAUGACAAUCGGCCCACCAUGAUAUUAAUCACAAUAUUAUCGUCAGCCCUUGCACUGUGACCCGGGAAUUAAACAGCGGCUUUCACACAUGCCGCAUCCCGGGUAAAUCCCGGACAUUAUACUAGGACGCGACCCGGUGUUCUGCCAAAAUAUCUACACCGGCGAAACAUCUACCAAUGGCAAAUUUGACACCCUAAGUACUACCGUGCGCUUUCAGCUUGUUUUGUUUAGAUGCAUACAGGAAGAACGUACUAAAAAAUGCCUCAAGAAAAUACCUAAACAUAAUACAGGUAGUCCCCAGGUUACGGCGUACUUGCUUACAUGAUUUCGACUUUACGACGCCAGAGUCUCGUCCUCAUUUUGUCUCACUUUUUUUGUCGCGUAAACAGUCCCUUAUUACUUUAUUAAUAUUGACUGGUUCUGUCCUCACUGAACGUGAAGUUAUUAGCUUGACGGACCGCAAACAAGGCAGUUGUUGUGGUUUUUGAAGCUUAAAGCUGUACACAAAUAUGCACACUAAUGUUCAAAACAACACGCAUUUUUACAAUUAAACACUUGACACAAAACAAUUGAUGUUCAAACGUCCAUCUAGUCUGAUCAAUUUAUAAAUUUUGAUUAAAUUAGCCUAAUUUGCCUAACAAAAGUCCGUUAGCUUAAAUGCUUUGAAUGCUGACGUAUUUACAAUUCUCACAGCAAAUCGACCACACAAACUGUUGCUCAAAACUUAAUUACAAAUGCAUACACAGAUAUUAGCUGAAACAAUUUACAGCAUUAUUGAGCGCAGCUGUGCUUUAUCCAUGUCAGAUGAAUCUGCAAGGCGACUGUCCAGUUAGACCCAACGCUGCCACCAGAGCGCAGUGUAUCCUCCCUCAUUAAACAAAAUACAAUCCUUUUGGACUUUUUGGAAAGUAGAGUGAGCCCUCAAUACUUCGCUCCUUCAGUCCAUCGCUGAUUUUUUUUCAAUUAAAAAUUAAAUAUAAAUACAGAUGAGCGGUCCCGAUCUGAUCACGUAGUCUGGUCAGGCAGUGCAAUGGAGUUGCUUAUUAAAGUUAAUAAUGAUUGACAGACAUGAAGGUUGGAUCUUGCCAGAGAUGUUUCGAAGCAGAACUUCAAAGCACCGCAUGCGUAAAUCAUCGCUUAACUUGUUAAACAGUUUCUGUGGCAACUCAUUGUGUGUAAGUGAGCAGGUUGAGCGGAUUUGAGUUGACUCACUCAAUGAAGCAUGUAACAAAGACAAGCCUUUUUUCUACUUUAUUCUUCUUUGAAAAUAAUUUGGUGGGACAGUAACAUGUUAAAACUUGUAUUUAUUACAUUUGAAGUGCUUAAAAACCAUGUAUUUAAAAUAUAUACAAGUUGUUGUUUUUUAUUUUCAAUUAUAGGUUGGGGAAAAAAAGUGAAAAAACGGGUCUUAUAUGUUUUCCAAUGCUAAAUCAGAGUAAAUAAAUUGGAACACAAAAAAAAAAUUGAGGGGGGUGGGGCGCUACUUUGCGGUUUUUCACUUACAGUAUCGCGGCUGGUUCUGGUCCCCAUUAACCGUGAAAAAUGAGGGAUUACUUUCAUUUUGAGAGUCAGGUACUGAAAGGGUUCAUUCCGAUUUACGCGGAAAUCAGAGUUACAUCGCCAGGGUAGGAAUAGAACUCGUUCGUUACCCGGCAAUGACCUGUAUUAUCAAAUGAGUGUGGUUUAAAUACACUAUACAGUGGAAUUUCUCACAUUUAUGCAUAAAAUCAACAUCAAAUGUAAUCUUUGUCAAAAUCACACAGAUGAAAAAAUUGUCUGCUUUAACUGUUUUUUUUAGACUCGUGGCUUCCUCCGAGGAGUUCUCCCAUUAACACCAUUCUUGGCCAUAGUUUUACAUAUAGUUGAUGUGUGCACAGAGAUAUUGGAAUGUGCCAGUGAUUUCUGUAAGUCUUUAGCAGACACUCUUGGGGUUUUUUUUUUUUUUUUUUUAACCUCUCUGAAUAUUCUGCGCUAAACUCUUGGCAUCAUCUUUGGUGGAUGGCCCCUCCUUGGGAGAAAAGCAACCGUGCUAAACUCUCUCCAUUUGUAGACAACUUCUCUGACUGUCGAUUGAUGAAUAUCCUGACUUUUUCUCUAUCCUUCUCUAUCCUUUCCCAGCCUUAUACAAUUCAACAAUCCUUGAUCACAGUCUUCAGACAGCUCUUUUGACCGAGCCAUGACGCACAUCAGACAAUGCUUCUUAUUAAGACAUUUCUUACCAGGUGUGUGUUUUGUAGUGGGCAGGGCAGCUUUAAACCACUCAUCAGUGAUUGGUCACACACCUGAAUUAAAAUCUUUGAUAAAAAUUGGUUUCAAUUGCUCCUUAAGUCUCCUUAGGCAGUGUGGGGGACACAAAAUAUGAAAUGUGAUGGUUCACUUAUUUUUCCCCCUUCUGUCAUUGUUUGCAUGCUAUAAUUAAGAUAUGAAAACCUAUAAAUGUUUAGACGGUUUUAGUAAAGGCAGACACUGUAUUUUCAUCUGUGUGAUUUAGACAAAGAUCAGAUCACAUUUGAUGGUGAUUUAAUGCAGAAAUGUGAGAAAUUCCAAAAGGUUCAGAUACUUUUUCAUAUCACUGUAUAUACACUAUUUAUCAAUGUUGUCAACAGAUAAACCCUCUGCUUAAAAGCUAUCACAGGAUAACAUGCCCAAAUUAUUUUGAGGCAAUGGAAAGGUAAAAAACUCAAAACGAAAAUAAUAAGUACUCGCUGCUUUUAACUGCUGUGUGCAUACGUGCUCAAGCGCACUGGGCAUUGGUAGCAUGUUUCGCAGUGUAGAAUAUUUUGGCAGAACACCGGUUAAUGUCCGUGUCAGUCGACCUGGGAAAUUGCUUUCAGACAUAAGGGCUACCUUCCAGAUUUAACCGGAGCUCAGUGUAUGUCUGAAAGGGGCUUUACUCUACCAGACCAUCAUAUACAAGCCAAAACAAACUGAUCCAUUGUUACACUACAAUAUUUAGUCCUGGAAUAUGUAAGCCCCUACCAAUUCUGACGGAAAUAUUACAGUUCUAUACUAAUGUAUGUUACGUUUCCAGUUCAACUAGGGCCACGUGCAAUGUUCCUGGUUUGUGUAUUUAUGGAAACCACUUUGCAUUGUGCGUGCUACAUUGUUUUCGUAAGAGCAAGAACAUGUAAAAACAAAACCAUGUAGAUUUUUUGUAUUAAAUUAUUCUUGUAAUUCCAAAUAAAAGAACGAGUUGUGAGAGCAAAGAAAAGGUUUUCUCCAUGUCACAUUUCUCAAAUAAUGUAUUUGAACUCAAGCAUUUUCCAAACAAUCAGGAUAAAAACAUUGAUCUCAAACUAUUGGAUUGUGUUUUACAAUCAGAAGAUAGCACUUGUGAGAAAAAGCGGUUGCAAAAACGCCAAUGGGAAAAAAAUUCACAGAGCUACUGUGAGGAACAAAACAAUCCCUUCGGGUCCACGGUGACAUGCAUAGAAAGAGAAGGGUUAAAAAUAGCUUAAGAACGAAUCAAAUGUGUUUUAUUUUUCUUCCCGAGGUACUGUGCAGCUGCAAAGGCGCUCCCAUAUAGUAACUGCUAGUAAGGCUUUGCGGUGCGAAAUAGUGGUACCUUGCCUUACAAGUUAGUGGGUUUUAAUUGGUCAAUAAAUGGUAGCUCUUAUCGCCCACGUGUAAUAAGGCAUUACAGUACCUUGAUUGAUCAAUUCGUCCCUACUUGCGGUAAUUGCUUGCCCAUUACACAAAUUUUGACUAGUAACACAAAGCAAAACAAAAAAAAUGGCAACGCAAAUGCUCGUUAAUAGCAAACCUUGAAGGUUCAGGCCAUCAUAAGUCAAGGUACCACUUUUUUUUUUUUUUUAAACAUACACAGCAGAGCAGUCACAUAAUAGAAAUCACAGUUUGGAGAGGGUUGCUUUUGCAGCAUAAAACAGCUAAAAUGAUAUGCAGUCCUUCCACAGAAUACAAGGGGUAUUGGCAGGUCCGCCUCACCGCGAAAAACAAAAAAGGAGGCGCUCCGGAAGACUUUCCUCACAAGAGUGAUUUUUUUUUCAGCCUCCCAAGAAGCACUCUGAAAUCUGGGGUCUUACAUUUUCUCCCAUGAAGAUGCGUCCAGGAUAACCUCCUAGUGAACAGUCCCAAGUCUAUUUUAGUUUCAGCGAGACUGGGAGAAACAGGUCCAAAAGAAUCUUGUACCUCCAGAAAGUUGUCUUGCCUUCCUUGUGCCUCCAUGGAUUAGCAGUUCUGAAAUCUAGCCGGGCUUUUUUUUUUUUCUGUAAAGAGCUACCUUGUGGGUCCCAUGACUUCUCUAUUCUCAGUGUCCUGCAUACCUUCAUUAAAAAAAAAAAAACUUGCUACACUUGUAUACCAUGCUCAUAAAGUUGGAGUGCUAAAACUGGUCACUUAAAGCGGAAGUUCAGAAUUUUUGACAUUAGGCUGAAUCUUUGAGUUAGCUGGGGUUUAAUUAGUCGCUGCAGUUUGUUAUUCGUUUAAGGGCUCCGGCAUGGCUAAACUAGCGCGAGUCAAUUGUCCUGUCUUAGCAUGCCAAUAAAAAAAACAAUAUUAACACAGUGUUUUGUAUGAAUGAUAGUUCAUGAACACAUUGAUAUUUUGGGCGAACGUGAAUUGAACCCAUCAUAUUUCUCUCAUGAACAUUACUGUGAACUGAUUCUAGCGGUUGUGAGCGCCGUUCAUGAGUUCAGAAUUAGAGCCUUUCUGACAAAACUGCAGAUAAAGCCAUAGGUUAAAAACGCACUAUAAAAAAAAAAAACCUUACUCACAAAAAACUAUCCAACCUGGCAACCCAAGGUACCUGUCACGUCUGUGUUGGUGUAGCAAAUACAGCAGAUUUUGCUCCUGAAGCUUUUACAUGGCGAAUAAGCAUUCUUUUACAUUCAGUUGGACCAUCAAUAUUAUCCAAAGGUGCUAAAUAAACAAGUUACAUAAUGUACAACAUGAAGACGACGUAAACAAAUGCUUAACGACAUGAAGACGUUAACAGCGAGAGAGCGGUGUGCAGUCGAGUUGAGUACAGGAUGGUAGGAUGUGUGUGAGGAAAACUUUCCUUCGUGUGCGUCCACGACCAAACAUAAGAACAUAUUACUCUCUUUGUAGAAAGUUUUUGGUGUUUACUUAGGUUCCAAACGGCCACGAAUGCAGCGAUUCCAAACUCGUGUGUACAGCCACAAAGUUUGACAGAAUACCAGCCCAGUACCAACAUUUAAGUGAGUUUUACGAACUGGUCAGUACCAACGCGGUCUUGAAAUUGAAUAUGAAGAUGAAUCUGACACUUUCAGUGCUAAGGUGGACAAAAUAAUUGUGAGUCUUUAUCGACUCUGGGGGGAAGAACUAGAAAAGUUAUUUUUGUUUUAACCAUAAACUUCAGUUCAAAAUUUUGGAUUACGAACUAUGACCAAAACAGUUCAUUUUAAAAUUUGUGAACUGCAAUUAGAACUAGUUCGUGUAGAAAAUUCACUUCCCGAACACUGUUAACAGAUCUAACAUAGUCAAAUGAAUUCAAAAUGCAGAUUAUUGUUCAAAACACCUAUGCGGCCAAAACAAUGUCCCACCAAAUUGCCAGAAUUUAUUCAUUCAUUUUAGAUGCGUAAUGCAACCACAAUAGAGAGGAGUUAUUCGGCCACUCGUGCUCAUGCUGCAUUCGAGGAAGGCGGGAAGUCAGACUUAUCCGACUCGGAUUGUCACAGUUUCUACCUCAAAGUGUUCCGAGUGAAUGUAAACCGCAAGAUGGCUGCACAAGCGACCUAUUGUUUUUUAUUAUGGCCAUCAAAGAACAUUUUGUCCUCCAGCAAACCUGCCUUCUCGUAAGCGAUCGAAUACUGUAGGGGAGGAAAAACGAGUAAAUAGCACACACAGUAAAUUGCCUGUUUUAGUUUUACUACUGACGGUGUAAUUUUUGACUGGCAGCGCUAUUUUGUCGAGUGACGUCGGAUUGAAGCAACUCGUGAAGUCGGGGUACGACUUGGCGACCGGGGCCUCCCAGUUCUAGUGGCGUUACAAAGAUAUUUUUCCUGGUCGGAGGUUGGAAAACUCUGACUUUGCACAUUCACUGAAUGCAGCAUCAGUCCACCGAGUCUUGACUAAAAAAUGUCAACAUGGGGAAAUGGGCAGAUGAAAGUUUAUAAAAAUUUCCUUUGAAAAACGAGGAACAAUAUAAACUGUGGUUACUUGCUGGAAAAAAUAUCCCUCAGCUCUGCAGCUUGUUCCCUGCAAAGCUGCUGGAUUACAAAUUUUGCCGUUCAUACUACAGUUAUUGACACACUAUGGUUAGUUUUAAUAACUUUAUCCUGAAAACAUAGCCAACACUAUUGAUUGCAUGGGUCAUCGGUAAUUUUCAUGCGUGCAUAUGUUGUUUUUUAUUGCCAUGCUAGGACAAGAUCAUUCACUCGCACUAGCUUAGCUACUUUGCAUUGAAACUAACAAACUGCACUGCAUUAAACCCUCGCUAACUCAAAGAUUAAGCCUCAUGUCAAAAAUUCUGAACUUCCCCUUUAGAGCAAUACCAGUGGAACAGUCGCACAUUAGAAAUCACAGUUGGUGGGUUGCUCAUGUUUCACAAGUACACAAAAAGGCAUUAGCCUCAAAAACUUUAGUGGUUUUAUCGUGUCACCCAGAAUUUGGGAAUUAAAAUAAAUGACUGAAACAGUCAAGCAUCAUAAAUCACAGUUAGAGGUUCAAUAAGAUUGUGUAGGCAAAGACACUUCCCCGAAAACUUCCGACUGGCGGCGCUUUGGGUAUGCACCAUGCAAGGCCUUUGCCUGAGUAGAUCCAAAACAAUCUUGUCCCUUCAAAAUUUGGACAACUGUCUAACUGCCUCAGACUUUUGCAUACUAAAUAAAAACGGAACGGUCGCUCAGACUGGUACUCAUGGACAGAAGUGGGUAGAUUGGUCAAAAAUGUUACUCAAGAGUAGUGCUGCAACGAUGAAUCAAUUAACUCGAGUAAUUCGAUUAGAAAAAUGAUUCGAAUUAAAUUUUGCUGCUUCGAUUAUUUCAUUAAAGUGGCGCUGUAAGGGUUUGUUUUGAACGUGUUUGCAUUUAGUUUUAUUGAUUUGGAGGGGAUACACUGCCCUCAAGUGGCGACAGUGAAUAUGCCAUAAGUCAUUUCACAUGGCUGAAUCCAGCUGUUCCUUGUUAAGACCAACAUAAGCUAAGUUUUUGUUUGAGUUAGUUUUUAAUGGGUUCCUAAUAAAGUUUAUAGGUAUAAUGAGCUGUUUUUUGUGGGAAUGUGUUUGACCGAUUUGUUGAGUCAUUAAAAAACGUUAGAGUUAUAUAGCAUUCAAGCGAGUGGACUUUUGCUAUGCAAGUUAGCCAAUUGUUCUUUUGUUGUAUUUAGAUCAUUUAUUUUUAUACCGUUAUUAUACCGUUUGAGGGUCAGCUCAGGUAUUUUAAUUUUUUGUUCUUUAUCCAAUUACUUGAGCUAGUUUAUCGAUUAAUCGACGACUAAAAUAAUCGAUAGCUGCAGCCCUACUCGAGUAGCGCUACUUCAAAAUAUUACUCAAGUAUUCGAUGAUGCUAAUCAGUGUCUUAAGUGUCUGUCUGUAUUGUGUUUUGAGGACAAGCAUAUUAGCUAUUGAGUUAUUGUUACAUAGUAAACUUAUAUCUUUUUAUGAAGAAACCACACAUACAUAAACCCAUUCGUCUAACAGCUUUCUACACAAACUCCCAUUCAAACUGUAAAUUGGCAUACAAGAGAGAAUGCUUUAAAAUUGGAUGAGUCGUUGACACAAUUUAUAUCAGCGCACAAAAUAAAAAUGUUAAUCAGCAGCACUUUUUUUUUAUUUGAAUGGACUUUUGUUUUAUUUGUGCAUGGAGAAAUUCGGUUUAUGUUUUAUACUCAAAAACUUUGACAAGUUAAUGUACUUAAACUAGCAUGUCAAAAUGUACCCUGAUCUUAGCUGCCAAUUCGUUUUAGUGAUUUUACUUAGAACUGAACUGUGAUUUUUAGCUGAUUUUUAUGUGUUUGAUUUUGUGUUUUUAAAUUUGAUAUUGCAUGGUUUUAGUGGACUGAUUGAUUGUUGGCACCUGAGCCUGAUUUGGACUGAUUGAGAAACCACCCAGUGCGCGUCUUUGGCAAAAAUAAAGUCUAAUGGAGAAAAAAAUAGAAAAAGGAACGAUUCUAGCAUAGCCCAAACUAGCAGAGUAAGAGUAGCGUUUCGAACUCUAAAACUAUUCUUAGUAGUACAUUUUCUCAAGAGAUACUCAAGUAAAUGUAACGCUUUAUUACCCACCUCUGCUCAUGAAACGGUCAUAUGUUUGAAAAAGGUUAAGUUUGCCAACUUUAUCUUGUGCCACCUUGGUUGCCCUGUCCUCUAGUACAAUCACCCAAAGAAGAGUUGUACACAGUUCGUCAGAUUUAAGAACACUUUGAGCUUAACAUGGGGCACCGCCCCAAAAAGUCACCCAGGACUUCUACUUUUUCUAACAAAGGAAACCGCCUCAAAUCACCUCUGGUUUUAAUAAUUUGUAAGUACCCCGCCCUCUGAGACUUGGACUUGCUGGUCUUGCUUCAAACAGACUGAGGGCUGCAUUGCUGCUUGCCAAAUCAAAACAUCCCAUUGUGAGUGGUUACACAUGAAGAAUCAUUUUUGCUAGGUUGUGAAUGUAAGCGCAGCAGAGGGCACAAAAUCUUAGUGGUUUUAGAGCAGUGGUUUUUAACCUGGGUUCAAUUGAACCCCAGGGGUUCAGUGAUUAUGUGAAGAUAUACAAGGCCCUAAGGCGCUGACAAAAUUUUAGACUAGGUUUCGGACUGUUUUCCCCCUCAAUUUACAGGCUUUAUUCCAUUUUUUAUCAACUGCUAGCCCUCUAAUAAAUGGGGAAACUACCCUAAUUUUCGCACUAUAAGGCGCACCUGACUAUAAGCCGCAGCCCACCAAAUUUGGCACGAAAAAGGCAUUUGUUCAUAGAUAAGCCGCACUGGACUAUAAGCCGCAGCUGUCCUCACUGUAUCAUGGGAUAUUUACACCAAAAAAUAUUAACCGGUACAACCUUAUUUGUCAUAAGACCAAAUGAACCAUCAUUAAACUUUGAACCAAUUACUGCAAAGCUUUAUUGCUUCAAGAAGCUUCAUUUGGCCAUCACUGCUCCCUUGGGGGAGACAGUCAACCUCUGCUGCCACCUGCUGUUGACUGUUAUCCAACAUGCCUCUUAGCAUGCAUUGCAGUGCUACAGAUGUAAAUAACAAUCAAAAAUCAUGUUCUGUGCUAAAUAUUUCUUCAGUUACUGUUCCAAUUGUUUCAUCAAUUACUAGUUAUGGUAUUUGCUAACACUUAAUUUGACAGUGGUGCCAUAAGACUGUCAUUACACAAUCAUAAUUAUGACAUGUCUCUGUCCUGAGCCUUCAUGAAUGCUUAUAAAAGUGUCAUUAAGUGUUAUCCCGCAAAUGAUCUCACUUUUGAAUGGAUGCAAAAGAUCCAAAAUGGACAAAAAUUUAGUGACAUAAUUUGCCAAAUGACACUUAAUGACAUAAGCAUUCAGUAAUGUCCAUGAUAGUGUCAUGUCAUAACUUUGAUUAUCUUAUGACAGUCUUAUGACACUGCUGUCAAAUAAAGUGUUACCUAAAAAAAUCAACAAAUAAGCCGCACUGGACUAUAAGCCAAAGGUAUCAAAAUGAAGGAAAAAAGUAGCGGCUUAUAGUCCGAAAAUUACGGUAGUUUGCUCGGUGGAAGGUUGACCUACGUGGACUGUGCAGAUAAUAAAACAUUUGCAUCAUUUUCCGCCCAAAAAAAAAAAAAAAAGUAUGUGAUGCAAGUAUGCGACAGUAAAAUGAGAAUCUAGACAUGAAAAUUGAAAAAAAAAAAAAAAAAAAAGUCAAACGAGUUUCAUUUUCCAAAGUGAAAACAGCGAAAGGCUAAAUGAUUUGUAGUAAAUUUGAAUGGAAAUCCACUUACUGUAGAUAUUAGCUUGCGAGCUUAG